GUCAGCAGCCGAGAGGGAGUGGCACUGGCCUGAAACACGCGCAUCCCGGCUUCGAUCUCCUCCUUCCGCCCUUCCGUUGCAAUCUGCCGAAAUCCGUCGCAGCCAGCGCCUUCCUCGUUGCCGGAGCCGCUUCUCCAGCAACACUGACUCGGUGGCUCUAUCAGAAUGACCCAAGUGGCAUCUGCAUUCAUCAACGAGUUGCUUGGCGUCAGCAAUCCGGAGCAGGUUGAUCUUGCUCCGGCCGGGGCCGAAGUCGCCGACUCGACUGAGGACCUGAACAAUUUUUCGUACGAAGAGGUCGACGACAGAAUCAGCGAGUUCCAGGGCGACGACUUGGUUCGAGAGGCACUAGAGAAGGGGCUCGAUUUGCGUGAAUAUUCGAAAAAGACGCAAGAGGAGCUGAAGGCGUUGGAGCAAGAGCACAUUCUCGACUAUGCCAAGCAAGCCCAGGCUCUGGUUGAUUUGUACAACGAAAUCGAGUCGUGCGACGACAUCCUCGGCAACAUGCAAAGUCUACUGACGGGGUUCCAAGAGAACCUCGGCCAGAUUAGCGGCGAGAUUGCAACCCUCCAGGACAAAUCAAAGGAGAUGACGAUCAAGCUCAAGAACAGGACGUUGGCCCAGUCGUCACUCGGAUCCUCGCUAGAUGGAAUAGUCAUUGGCUCAGACUUGAUUAUCAAAAUCUGCGAAGGCGAAGUCAAUGAGUUUUUCGUCCAGCACCUGUCGGAUCUCAACGACAAGAUGACAUACAUGAAAGCCCAGCAACACAACAAAGUCCCUAUCAAAGCCUUCAAGGAACUGUUUCCAGAAGUCGAGAGGCUGAGACUGAGGGCUGCGGAAAAGUCUCGGGACUAUCUGCUGAAAAAGAUCGAGUCUCUCAAGUCGCCCAACACCAACAUCGUCAUCAUCCAGCAAAACAUGCUGCUCAAGUUCAAGGAGCUGUAUUGGUUUCUGUUCGAACGUCACGGCGAAGCGGCUGCUGAAAUACGUGCCAACUACAUCAUCACAGUGGGCAACUACUUUUUGGCGUCCUUCGACAAGUACAUCAAGUCCAUGCAGAAGCUUCAGACCAUCAUAGCCGAUCGACUUGACCUCAUAGGCUGCGAGGAAAGCGCCAAGCGAGGUCUCUUUAGCGGGAAACUGGCACUGAAGGACAAAACAAACGUCUUUACAUUGGGAGACCGCAUCAACGCCCUGGUGAAUCCGGACUCGGGCAUCAUUCUGGCGCAUGUAGCUGAGGAGCAGAGCCUGAAAUUCCCGUUUGAAGCAGUCUUCAAGAGCGUCAGCAGGUUGCUGAUGGACAAUUCGUCAUCCGAGUACAUCUUCACCAUCGACUUUUUCAACACUCCUCGCAAGUCCAAGCCGGCCGGGAUGACGCUCGAGCCCAUGGGCCUGGCAUUCACCGAGGUCUUUGAGCCGACACUGAAACUCGUGCAGGGAUACAUCAAACAAGUGACCGAGAGCAGCUUCGACGCCGUCGGGGUUCUGCUCUGCAUCCGCCUCAACAACCAAAACAUGCGCAUCAUGCAAAAGCGGCGGAUUCCGUGUCUCGAAAACUUCAUGAUGGCCAUCAACAUGCUGCUGUGGCCGCGCUUUCAGUUGAUUUUGGACAUGCACAUCGACAGUCUGCGAAAGGCAGUGCCAUCUCGACUCAUGGCUGUCAAGGACGUGACGCCGCACUAUAUCACACGGCGCUAUGCCGAGUUUUCGGCCUCGAUUCUGACACUCAACCAAGGAUAUCAAGAUGCGCUUCUGGUUCACAGCCUCCAGAGACUCCGAUCCGAAGUCGAGUCCCUGCUUCUGAGGAUGUCUGUCGAAUUCUCCGACACGAAGAGCAGGGUGAUUUUCUUGAUCAACAACUUUGAUCUCGUUGUGACGAUUCUCAGCGAAUACACGGCGUCGUCGUUCGAAGAGGAGAAGGCCUACUUUGCAGGCAUUCUCGAGAACAGAACAGAUGAGUUCGUCGAGGAGGAGCUGCGUCCCUAUUUCGGAACGUUGAUGGGUCUUGUUGCCGAAGGCGAGCAACAUCCUGACCUGCUCAAGAUGGACGGUGACAAGUUUGAACGCAUCGCCGACAACUUCAACAACUCGUGGAAGCAAGCCAUCGGAACAAUCAACAACUCCAUCAUCCAGUCCUUCACGAACUUCCAGAACGGCGCCCGCAUUCUGCAAAGUGCCCUGACUCGACUGCUUCUGUACUACAAGCGGUUCCUGGUUCUGUGGGAGAAGCGAUUCGGCAGCCGCAAGCAGCGUGUACAGCCCGUGGGUCUGCAGAGCGUCAUGGUGGAAAUCAAAAAGUUUAGAUCCAAUUUCCAGUAAAAGCUGCUGGCCUGGCCGAUGCGAUGCCCGCCUCGGUCCGGAUCAUAGAUAGAAUGGGACCAGAGACACCGCACAAGUUGCAAUAUCACAUUGUGCUCCGG